UCAACAUUGACCUGCAAGCAAGAUGAUCUAUUUUCAUGGGUUUCAAAGAUGGGAUAAACUUCAUGAUACAUGUAGUUUUGAAUGAGGAACACAGUUUUAUGAAAUAUAUGCUCUCUGGAACAUGGAACACAAUCGUCGCCUGGUGAAAGUCAGCAGAAUUUUGUGCUGACCUUGAUGUGAAUUUCAUCAAGUGAUCUACAGCAAGUGUGAACACAAAGAGACGUUUAAGAUGAGUACACACCACUCCAGAUCUUUGGGGAACGUGAAGGUGAGCAAGGGCAUCAUGUUCCCACCGUUAACCCAGGCCCUCAACCAGACCAACCGCUCCUACUUCCAGGAACAUAACCUCAUGAUCCACGGGGAUGGGGUCAAGGGUGCCCCGCCAAUGUCACCGCGAGGACUGGAAGAGGAACUUCGGACACGUAGGGGGUCAUCGACCAGACCGAUGACCUCGUCAAGAAAAGAACAGAUGAAUACUAGGGCUGCAGAAGAACUAAAAGAGCUACAGGGCAAAGAGAAACAGUAUAAUAAAAAGAUCAACAAUCUUCAGAAGGCUGUGGAACAGCUUCGUCUAGAAGUCAACAUCAAGGAAGAGAAUCUAAUGAAAACAAACCUCAAACUGCUACAAAUCGAAGAACAUUUCCGGUUACUCUACGAAGAGGAGAAAUCCUGUCACGACGUUACGAGGCAGGAGGUGACUGAAACCAGAAUGGAAUUAAGGGAGAAAGAAAACUUUGUUGAAGCUUUGAAACAGAGUCAUGAACAGCACACACAAGAACUCAAAGAACAUCACGAUGCACAAGUAAAGGAACUCAAGGCUAAAUAUGAUGCAGAGCUAGCUGACAAGGACAGACGUCUAAAUAAUCUCAAGAAACAAAUGGCAAGUCAUCUGAAAGAAAAUUCACAGGAGAGACAACAGCAACUGGAAGAGCUCAGCAAAGAACUGGGAAAGAUGUCAGAAGAGGCUCACAUGUUGAAGAGUAAACUCAAGGCAAUGGCAGCAAAGAAUAAGGAUGGCUGUUCAAAUUGUCCAUCAUUGAAGGCAGAGGUAGCAUCCAAAGUAAAGCUGGUCCUGGAGAGGGACGCACAGAUCAAGCAGCUCAUGGAGCUCUGUAAGAAGUUUGAAGUCCAGUUAUCACAGCAGGAUGUGAUUAUGAAGCAGUUCUCCAAGGAUAAAGGCUUCAAGACAUCCUAUCAACCAAAGAAAUGAGCAGAGAAAGACUCUAGCGUUUUGGACGCAUUUAAACAUCAUUUCAAAUAUAAGUCGGUGCAGGAUUUCAAUAGGUUUCUGCCAAAUGAAAUGAGGAUGGGCAGAUGCCUGGUUUGUGGUAGAGUGAGUCACUAUGAACAUGACGGACAAAGAAAGCGGACAAAAUAUACAGUUCCUCAUUCUCCCCCAAUAAUUGAUGU